AUGCACCAAGUGCAACUCGAAGAUUCUGGGAUCAACCCAUUCCUCGCCACGGUAGACCCCUAUCUCGAUAACGGCGGCAAUGGUAACCACGACGAUAAGGACGACGAUAAUGACGACGGUAAGGACGAUGAUAACGACGACACCAGCGGCGAUUUACGCACAGCUACCAUCCUCAACACGCCGACCUCCCUCCUCUUCUGGUCCGAUCCGCAUCCCAUUACCACUCUCCCACGUCAUAUUCACCGCAUUCCGUUGUACACGCCGCGCUGGCUGGUUGAUGCAUUGCAUCGAGAUCCGAGGUCAACGUCAGCGUCAGCAGACAGUGAUGAUAAACUCGAGGCAGUCCCUGGCGCGGGUUCUGCGAGAAACGAGGGCAAGGGGAACCGAGAUGAGCCGGGCGGGAGCGAGGAAUCCGACGACACGCUGGAUCCGGCCCGGCGUAUCGUGUUGAUGCGUGGACUGCAGCGCGGCAUGGUGAAGGUGCUCCUGAAAGAGUUAGGGCGUGUCCGACACGGGGAAGACAGCGGCGGGCUGGACCAGGGCCUGGAUCGUGAGUUCGUGGAUUGUUUUGCAUCUCGGCGGCCCUACCGCUCGCCUAGGAAGCUGCAGCACCGCGCCUGUGUGCGGCAGAUGAUGUACUCGCCGCGUGUCAGGGCCGAAGUGAGCAGGUAUGCGAUGCCGGGCGGGUUUGUGUGGGAGUAUCCCGAGGUUGUGGAGUUGGUGGAUGAAGAGUCGGCGGCUUCUGACCAGGGGAAAGGGGGCAGCGCAUCGAGACCGCUGAUUUUGCCGCUAUCCAGCAAAGAGGUAUGGGAAACGAGGCACGCCGUAUUGUUUUGCCGGGUCGGGUUGUGGAUGACAAAGCAAGGGAGUGUGCUGUUCCUCGAGAGGGAGUUGUGGAAUAAACCCGGGCAAGGGUACCGCAAGGCCAAACGGCAGUCGACAAGCACUGGAGCUGCGUUUGGUGUCGGCGAGACCGGAGUCACAGAGAGCCUGGAGGAGGUAAUCGUGGCCUCACUCAGGCAGGGUUGGGGUUAUCCGGUGGACCAGCUUGCCGCUGUCGUCGCGGAAGCCGUCUACAGCCAAUGGCUAACCUUCUUCGACUUCUUGGAGCCGGAGCCGGAGCCCCUGGGACCUGAGAAGGUGAUGUGCUUCCGGCAGAUUGUGCGAUCGCUGGAGCUCAAUGAUGAAGGGGAAGACGACGUGCCCUGGAAGUCCCUCAUCGACCGUAUCCACCGCCGCCUUCAACUAUCCCCGUCGACGACCCCACCAACGCAGAACAUCACCGUCUAUCAAAAUCCUGGUGCGACUGAGCAGCCCGACGGGGACCGUCCCAGAGAACCAGACGACGGCGAUUUCAACGCCGCAGGUAUCAACAUCCCCCAGAGCCUACGCCGCAACCAAAACCGACAGGGCCCAGGCGGAGGACGAAAGCCCCCUGAUGAGAACCAGCGUGCCCUCGACCGCAUCAGCUACCUCGGCGGUAUUCUCAUCCCGCUCCCCAUCAUCUCAGGCAUCCUGUCAAUGGGCGAGGUCUACGGUCCCGACGGCAGCAAGUUCUACGUCUUCUGGGCCGUCGGCGUGCCCCUGGCCGUGAUCACGCUCAUAAUCAUUUACGCCGAUACCAUUCGCAAGGCCGAGGUGUGGGUUGAGAUUGGCGCGGACCAUGUUGUGCCGACGAUUGCCGGAACGGAAGACAAAAAUGCGACGAUGGUGGCGGAGGAGCGUAUCCAACUGACACCACAGGGCAGGACCGCACCAUCCCAAAGGUUUACCAGGAUGAGCCCUCGGACAGCGUCGGCGCCAGCCGGCCCAGCCGGCCCAGGCAGCGUACCGUAUGCCGGAGACAUCGAAGUCGAGGAGAGAAUCAUCGAUAUGCCGACGACACAGACGGAAACUGCCCCCAUGUCAUUCACCCAGCCACCAUUGCAGCAGCCGCCUGGUGAUUACGACGAGGAUAUCGACGUGGACACGGUGGACUUGCCAUCUCGACGCCGGAGGUGGGCGGCGCAGUUGAGCCAGGCCAUCCCGAGUAUGAUUCUGGAGCGGCCCGGGGACGGGGCCAAGGCAAAGGCGUGGAGGAGGGAGGAGCUGGGUUGGGUCGGGGCUAUGCAGAAGAUUCUGUACAAAAAGUUCCGCGACGGGGCGGACGUGCCAGUGGGCGUGGAGGCGUGUGAGAGGCCGGGGAAGAGGAAGACGAAGUCGUAUUGA